UGCUAAAAACAUGUGUAGAUGGAUAACUAUGCUGUGUACAAAAUUGUGAGUUCCUGUAGAGAAACAUGUCCGAUGAAAACUUUGAAUUACCAGAAUCUCAAGGGAAUGUGCUAUCGCCAACUGACCCAUUAGCAGUGAAAACAAAUGAAGAGACAUCCAAAGUGAAACCUCUCGGUGUAAACAAUAAAACGUUGUCAAGGUAUUUCGAUAAAGUACUAGAUACGUUAAUCAAUAAAAGUGAAAAUAAAAAGAUGCUUGAGGAAACCAUUUCAAUUCAGAAUGAAAAUGGAAGCGAAAGCCAAUCACUCAAAGAACAAGGACAUGAAGAACCUGGAGAAGAAAAUGGCGGUGGCGGAGGCAGCGGUGCUGGUGGUACUACCAACGGCGAUGGCAAACAAAUCACAAUUAAUCCUAUAAGUAAUAUACUAAUUACCAGUAAUGAUCACGAAGUGACUACUCACCAAACCAAUUCCCCGAAUUACGACAAUGGAGGUGAGAAUCAAGUCAGUCAAAGGAAUCGAAGCUACACCGUGAAUAUACCCAAUGAGAGACUAGUCAAUAUGCAUGAAAAUCUUUCCAGUAGCUGUUCUCAGUUGACGAUAUCUCCACCAUUAUCACUGGGUGAUGAUGUGCAUUCACCAGCAUUGGCUGCAUCGACAGAUGAUCUUCUUAGCUUAGAUCAAUAUGAUCCAUAUGGUGAACAGAGAACAAAAGAUUUAUCAGUUAACGAAUCGCUUGCAUCAUCUUGUUUAAAUAUCAUCGCACAGAAUCAAGAUGCCAGUGAACGAACAAACGAUUCUACCCUGGAAAGAUGGUUAUCCCAAUCAGAGUUAUUGAAACCGGUUACAAAAUUAAAAAAUCCUUUUCCACGUGAUGGUUAUUUUUGGUCAGUUGCACUGUUUAUUAAACUUGGUCGUAGAAUAAUACCACUGAAUUCUAAAGGCAGAAGUGAUCCUUAUGUGAAAAUUAAGCAUACAGGAAAUGUGUUAGCCAGAAGUCGUAUGGUUCCUAAUAAUAGUAAUCCUGUAUGGGAUGAAAAAUUUUGGUUCCGUUUGUGCAGCAUAGAAGUACCUAUAGAGUUGAAAGUUUAUCAUCGUGAUGCAUUUAAAAAGGAUUCCUACAUUGGUCGAACAUUAGUUAGUCUCUUGGAUAUUGAAAUGGACAGAGAAUACGAAUUUGUUUCAAGACUAGAAAAUGAAGUGCAUAAAAUUCCUACUUCAGGUGAAAUUAAAUUCUAUGUAACACUAAGCGAAAUUGAUGAAACCUGCUUGGAUAGUUCAGAGUGUAAAAAGUUAAAAAAGAAACUUAAAGAAGAAAAGUCACGAGCAUUCGCUACAGAUGUCAAUUCACAAAUUCCCCGAGAAGCUUCAUCAGCGCAACUAUUCAAUGACAAUUUCUCCACGGUUGAGAGCAUUGCUGUGCCUUCAGUGUAUUCAGGAUCAACAGCUAGUUUAGUGAGAACCUGGCAAGGAAAUCGAUCAAAUCAUGACUCAAUCGAACUUAUCGAUCCAACCGAUGAUCUUCAAAGUGAAGAUGGUCAACAACAAUCACAGUCACAACCACAAACACCAAAACAAGCAGAGAAAAAUAUUUUAAGUCGGCUUGAAGAUAAAUGGAUCCAUGAGAAUCAAUCGUUGUUACUCCAACCAAUAUGGCCAUAUUCAUUCUAUGAAGGUACAACCUUGGAACUAUACACUAGUCGAUAUCAUCAUCAUGGAGGGGAAUUAGAAAGUAUUGAUAAAUUACAUUCACUGAAUAAUGAAAUACAAAUGGAAAGUUUAUUUCAACAAUCUCGACUGAUUAUCACUUUGGUUGGAGCAAAAAAUUUAAAAUCACGUGGUCGUCAGCGAAAUUGUUUUUCAAGUGAUUUAGAAAAUAUUAAACUGUCACGAUUGAAAUCUCUACGUGGUCAUAAUUCUGAGUCCACUGCAUCUGGAUAUCCUGAUGAUGAGAAGAAUAAUCUACCGUGUCCAAUAGCAAGUUUAACUGUGGGCAUGAAAACACAACAAAGUAAGGCUGUGAUGCAUACAAAAAAUCCCUUAUGGAAUGAACGAUUUGAAUUUCGUGUACGUCCUGGUAUGAAAACUGUCCUCCAAUGUGAAGUAUUUGAUGAUUCACAUCAAAACGGAAAUCUACUUGGACGAUUUUAUUUGGAAUUUUCAAAACUUGUUCUAGACUGGACAACAUGUUUCACAUUGAAAAAUCAAGAAUCACGUUGUCAUGGUGAAUUGCAUAUUUUAGCUACAAUGACAGGUUUAUUACCGAUCGUAGAUUCAUUAAGUCUUCCAUUAUCAUCUAAUAGUAUUAGUAGAUCUGGUUCAACAGAUCAAUUAAAACGUGAAACAGAAUCAAUAUAUGGUGAUCUUUCUAAAGAAGGUGUAUCCAAGCUUACACUGGAUCAAAUUCAUGAUUAUUAUAAAGUUAGAAAUACACUGAAAAAUAAAAACGAUAUUGGUUGGUUACGUAUUGUUGUACAUAGAGCAACUAAUCUACCAGCAAAAGAUCGUAGUGGUAAAUCUAAUGCAUUUUGUGAGAUACGUCUGGUUAAUCGUGUUGUACGCACAUUUACAGCGCCAAAGAAUGCUUAUCCUAUAUGGAAUCAAGCAUUUGUAUUUCCUAUUUCAGAUAUGUAUUCUAUCCUCGAGAUAUACAUAUAUGAGGAAGGCAAAGAGACAUCAGAAAUAACCGGUCGUAUUUCAUUCCCUCUUAUACAACUUGUAAAUCGUCGACAAAAAUGGUAUGCAUUGAAAGACAAAUCGCUGACAACGUUGGCUAAAGGUUCUAUCCUUUUGGAGACUAUCAUUAUAUAUAAUCCACUUAAAGCCUCCCUUCGUGCACUUUAUCCCAAAGAGAAACGAUAUUAUGUCGAAGAUUCUAAAGUAAAACUCCGAGAUUUAACAAAGAAACAUUUACCCCUUAUCCAACGUAAUAUUGAUCGUUUAACACCAUUUAUAGAUGAUUUUAAACGUGGUCAUCAAAUAUUUAAAAGAUUAUACUCUUGGGAACGACCAUUUCUAUCCUUUAUCGCAUUGGUUCUAUUUGAAUUAAUUGUAUUAUAUGUUCAACCGUAUAUGGUGGGUUUAUCAAUUGCUUUCAUUAUGAUUAUAAUGCGUAUUCCAAUCGGGAUGUCUACUCCCUUGUCGAUAUCCUCGCCGACAACAAAAUCUUCAACUCGUAUGAGUAAAUCAAAAGAUUCAGAAAGUGAAGAAAAUGAAGACGAUCAGGAUAUCAUACAUCCAGAGAAUUAUGGUUAUUAUUCUGAUAUGGACAAUGAAGAUGAAGCCAUUUUAAGGAAAAAGAAGGACAAAAAAACCAGCUUCACAACAAAAUUGAAUAAAAUUCGUUCAAUAUUAGGUACAUUGCAGGAUGUUGCAGAACAGAUUACAUCAUUUCUGGAAAGACUUGAUUACUUAUGUCGAUGGAGGUAUCCAUGGUUAACCUGUCUGGCUUUAAUCAUCGUUCUCCUAGUCUCACUACUUCUCUAUCUUAUACCUUUAAGGUAUUUGAUUGUAGCAUAUACUAUUCGUAAAUUUACACGUGCUAUAAGAAAUCAACAUCGACCAUCUACUACAAUAUUCCUUGGCAUUUUAAAUCGUGUUCCAAGUCGAAUGGAAAAAAUAUAUUACAGGGAACUACGGCCUAUCACUACUCCACCGACAGAUUUAAAGACACCUGGAGCUCUAUCAAGUGUCAGAGCCUCUGGACUACAAGUUUACUCUCGAAUGACUGGUUAUCACAGUAAUGCUGAGUAGAUGGUCUACAUGGACGCCGUGCUAAGAAACAAAAAGUGCACUAUGACUAUCACAUAUACACGUGGUUUCUUUUCCUCCAACCUCUCUCACCCCUACUCAUUAUUCUUCCACAUGAUUUCAUUCCCGCGUUAUCCCUUAUUGUGUUAUUGAUUUUUUCCCGUACACUCUACACAUCAAUAAACUCAAUGUGCAUAUCGUUUGGUUUAUUUCUGAUGGAGUACUACCAUUCAGAGGCUGACUGAUAUACCUUCCUAAUCUGGUGAAUAUCGUAUCAUAUUGAAAAAAAGCCGCCAAUAUUCUCAACCCCCCCCCUCCAUCAUAAUGAUAAUAUUGCUCAUCUAUCUCUCGUAAUAAUUCCCCUAAAUUAUCAUUCUUGUAAUCAUGAUUAUUGCCAGCAUCAAACUAUUUCAUUUGAAAUAUUGAACAGCUUCCAUUGUGAUAUCACCUGGUCUUUCUCGUCGGGGAGGAAUAACAAUCAAUAUAAAAACGAAUGUGAUCAUUGAAGAUAUAAUUUUUGCUUUUUUUCUUCAAAAAAAAAAACACACAAUGUAUACACAUAACUGUACACCUUUUCAUUCAAUAUUCAAUGGAUAAUUCUUAUUUGAUUCUAUUGUUAUCCUCUCUUUGAUAUUUUUUUUUGUUUAUAUAAAUGAAGUGAAUAAAGUACAAAUAAUGAAACAUUGAAUUUCUAUUGGCGGGAAAGAUGACUUUGAAUUAUUUUUUUAAAAUAUGAAAGUUGAG